CUACAAUCGUGCAUAUCCUGAAAAGACUCCUUUAAUAAAGCUUGUAAUUCCAUACCACACGUAUCUAAAAUCAUCAUGGUUGAGACAGGUCUUCCGGCCGGAUGGGAGGUCCGCCAUUCUAACUCCAAGAACCUCCCUUAUUACUUCAACCCCAUGACAAAAGAAUCGCGGUGGGAGCCUCCAUCAGGCACUGAUACGGAUACGCUCAAGGUUUACAUGGCCAACUACCAUAGCGGGCCCACCAGUCGGCCUGAUGGCACAGGUCAGGGUGAAGGGAAAAUCCGCUGCAGCCACCUUCUCGUCAAGCAUAAGGAGAGCAGACGACCCAGCAGCUGGAAAGAUCCAGAGAUUACUCGGUCCAAGGAGGAGGCGAUUGAAAUCCUUCGUGGCCAUGAAGCGCGCAUCAAGUCGGGCGAGGUCAGCUUAGGAGAUCUUGCGAUGUCAGAAUCAGACUGUAGCAGCGCCAGGAAAAGGGGUGAUCUUGGCUUCUUUGGACGUGGAGAAAUGCAGAAGGAGUUCGAGGACGCUGCCUUUGCUCUACAGCCCGGUCAGGUUAGCGGUAUCGUUGAUACCGCUUCAGGUGUCCAUCUCAUUGAACGAAUUCAAUAAAUUUGAUGGUCUCCUAUUUCGAUACAUAAACAUAAACA